AUGACAGAGAACAGUAUCGCGCAAUUGAGCGCGGAUCCGGACAAUCAAUACCAGACUGGCAAUGCGACAACAGAAAAAAUGAACUCAAAUUCGAGCGAUGGAGAUACGCUAGAGACUGGCGCAAAGAGCAAGGCUGAGCAGGCCGCCGCGGGGGCUCAUUCCAGCCCAAAGAAGCGUCGCAAGGUCAACCAUGCCUGCGUCUAUUGUCGCCGAUCGCAUAUGACUUGCGAUUCGGAACGACCCUGUACACGGUGUAUAAAGCGCAAUAUCGGCCAUCUGUGCCACGAUGAACCUCGAGAAACGUCGAAGCGAUCACGAAAUAGCGAAUACGAUCAAUCAAUAGGAGACGACGAAGGUUCGACGAGUAACGAUUUUUCGAAUGUCCAAGGCAUGCCUCGGAACGUCGACGUUCAAGAUGCUGCGGGUCAGCAACUUCUCGCCGAUGGCUCCAUGGGCCUUCCCCCGCCGUCUGUGAACCAAAUGCCUCCUUCGUCCUCGUCAGGCCAGGGUCUGAACCCCAACUCUCAACAGGUUAUCGGAUACAACAAUGAGUGGAUGGGUGGGCAGAGCCAGUUCCAAGACAUGCACACCUUCCAUCCUUCAUACAUGUUCAAUGCACACGAAGUGACCAACGAAUAUAAUCUGCUCGGUGAUUUCCUGAGCAGUAGCUUGCUGGACGAUGGGUCGAUUUUCCAGAAUGAUGAUCUGCACCCGCUCUAUUCGGACCCAACGUUGAUCAACUCGAUGGCAAUGGGAGGGUCUAAUUCGGGGUUGAUUCAGCAAUCGCAUCUUUCCAUACCGCAACAAAACCAAACGGCCCAACCUGACUCCAUCCAACAGUCAAACGCGGUGGGGAACGACAAGGCAAGGGAGACUUAUUACAUGACUGCAGCCGACCCGUCAGGUUCUGAUCCCCCGGAAGAGCGAAUGAACAAACUUCUCAAGGCGAAAUACGAUGCUGGGUUGCUGAAACCAUUCAAUUACGUCAAGGGUUAUGCCAGGUUAAAUCAAUAUAUGGAAAAGCAUAUGCAGCAGGCAUCACGACAAAAGAUCCUCCGACAGUUGGACAAGUUCAGGCCGAAGUUCCGUGAGCGGAUGCAGAGCUUGACUGAUAUCGAGCUUAUUCUUGUGGAGAUGUGGUUUGAGCGAAGCCUGAUGGAGUACGACCGAGUCUUUGCCAGUAUGGCCAUCCCCGCCUGCUGUUGGAGAAGAACAGGAGAAAUCUUCCGAGGAAACAAAGAGAUGGCUCAGUUGAUUGGUGUUCCUAUUGAAAGUUUGAGAGAUGGCAAAUUGGCUAUUCACGAGAUCAUUGUGGAAGACCAGCUUGUGAGCUAUUGGGAGAAAUUUGGCGCUAUUGCUUUCGACAACACCCAAAAAGCGAUGCUUACGAGUUGUACGCUGAAGAAUCCGAAUUCAACCUCUGGGGAUGGAAUCCGGUGUUGCUUUUCAUUUACGAUACGACGAGAUACCCACAAUAUUCCAUCACUUAUCAUCGGGAAUUUCCUCCCGUCAGGGAAAAAAUAA